AUGCAGUAUUCCCAUCACUGUGAGCACCUUCUAGAGAGGCUGAACAAGCAGCGAGAGGCAGGCUUCCUUUGUGACUGCACGGUAGUUAUUGGUGAAUUCCAGUUCAAAGCUCACAGAAACGUGCUUGCCUCCUUCAGUGAGUACUUUGGUGCAUUUUACAGGGAUGCCUCUGACAAUAAUGUGGUUUUGGAUCAGACUCAAGUGAAGGCUGAUGGAUUUCAGAAACUCCUGGAGUUUAUAUACACAGGAAACUUAAACCUUGACAGUUGGAAUGUUAAAGAAAUUCACCAGGCUGCUGACUAUCUCAAAGUGGAGGAGGUGGUCACUAAAUGUAAAAUAAAAAUGGAAGACUUUGCUUUUAUUGCUAAUCCCUCCUCUACAGAGAUUUCUAGUAUUACGGGAAACAUUGAACUGAACCAACAGACUUGCCUCCUCACUCUUCGAGAUUAUAAUAAUAGAGAGAAAUCAGAUGCCCCUUCUGCAGACUCAGUUCAGCCACAAGCAAAAAAAGUGGGUUUAGAAAAGAAAUCUGCUCAGACCAGGAAGCGAAAAAAGACUUUUAACUCUCAGAAAAACAUGAAGAAUAAACCAGUGCAAUAUCAGAAUGACAUAAUUGAGAACUCAUCAGUCGAUAUGUUUUUAGAUGCAAAUAAACUGGCCACACAGAUAACGGAACAAGCUGCCCAAGGCAGCGAUAACUCAGAGCUACAGCUAGCGGCUGUGGUGGAAAGUGAAACUUUUGCAGCACAAGAUGUUUUGAUUCAGACUAUUACAGUGAAACAAAAACGGGGGAAGCCACAGCAGAACUGUGCAUUGAAAGAACACAGUAUGUCUAAUAUAGCUAGUGAAAAGAACUCUUACCAACUGGAGAGCGCCGGAGAAGAACUAGAUCAGAAAUAUUCCAAGGCCAAGCCAGUAUGCAACACUUGCGGGAAAAUAUUUUCAGAAGCCAGUAGUCUACGACGACACAUGAGAAUACACAAAGGAGUAAAACCAUAUGUGUGUCAACUCUGCGGGAAAGCAUUUACACAGUGUAAUCAGCUGAAAACACAUGUCAGAACGCACACAGGGGAGAAGCCAUAUAAAUGUGAAUUGUGCGACAAAGGCUUUGCCCAGAAAUGCCAGCUAGUUUUCCACAGUCGUAUGCAUCAUGGAGAAGAGAAACCAUAUAAAUGUGAUGUAUGUAAUCUGCAGUUUGCAACUUCAAGCAAUCUGAAGAUCCAUGCCAGGAAGCACAGUGGUGAGAAGCCUUACGUGUGUGAUAGGUGUGGGCAGAGGUUUGCUCAGGCCAGCACGCUGACGUACCAUGUUCGUCGCCAUACAGGAGAAAAGCCGUAUGUGUGUGAUACAUGUGGGAAAGCAUUUGCAGUAUCCAGUUCUCUUAUCACUCAUUCACGAAAACAUACAGGAGAGAAACCAUAUAUAUGUGGUAUUUGUGGCAAAAGUUUUAUUUCCUCAGGAGAGCUCAACAAACAUUUUCGGUCUCAUACAGGUGAAAGGCCAUUUAUCUGUGAACUGUGUGGAAAUUCUUACACCGAUAUAAAAAAUUUAAAAAAGCACAAAACAAAAGUUCACACAGGAUCUGAAACCACCCUUGAUUCUAACACAGUUGAUAAUUCCUACAAUGAGCAAGAAUCCAUUCAAAAUCAAAAAAGCCCUUUGUCAGAGUCUGCAGAUGUGAAGCCUUCUGAGAUGUCUUUACCACUUCCUCUUCCCAUUGGGACUGAAGACCAUCAGAUGCUGCUGCCUAUAACUGGUAAUCAGUCUCCUUCCUCAGACACGUUGCUGAGGUCUGCUGUGACUGGAUAUUCAGAACCUCAGUUUAUUUUCCUGCAGCAGUUGUACUGACUCUGUGCAAUAUGGGAACCAACAAGACAAUCCUGGUAGUGAACACACACAUUAUUGGUAAGGUGAACAUAAUCAUCCAAGCUGUUGGACUUCCUCUUUCUCAUUCUUUUAAGUGAAGACAUUUGGUAAUGUAUCUACACUGUGCAGUGCUGUUUCUCAUUUCUUGUUAAAUUUUGCUAAUCCGGAAUCAUAUUUAUCAUUGUAAUUGACCACUGACUUUUCCUAGGAGGAAAUACUUUUCCAGAGCACCUGCCUUAAGAAACGUGUGCUAAAUAGAUACGUAACUGUACUCUGGAGAUCUCCUCCAAUGCUCAUGCAGAGCUAACAUGUUAGUGUCAUUUGUGAGCAGACUUUCAAGCCAUAUUUUUGUAAGUUAAUUUACUUUAAAUACCUUAACUCACAGGUGUGGUCCUUGUACACAGCCUUGUAUAAAAAAAAAAAAAUUGCAUGACAAAUUUAUUAAACACAGGCUCCCAAACUCCAGGCCAACGUAAGAGGAGUAUAUGAUGGCAACUGGGCCAGUUCUUUGGUGAAAUGUUUUUGAAGCAUUACUGGUGUUGAUCAGAAGCAGCUGUUUGCCAGUCAGACUAGAUGGAAAGCUUUGGGCAAAUGCCAUGACAGGUGGGGGAGGCUUUUUCCUUGAGCAAUGAUUUAGAGGCUAGAUAGCACAUAGCCUUUCCCUUUCCAAGGCCUGGAUUCACAUUCAGAUGUGACAAACAUGAGUUUGAUCCUAACUGUCAUCUCUCCACAUCCCCCAAACAUCUCGUAGUUUGACAGAAGUGACAGUCUUCUGCUCAGGAGAGGUCAAAAGAUGGAAUAUGAUGAAUGGUGUAGGUCAGAUUGGAUUAAGAUGAUUGUAAGUAAGAAGAUGUAUUGAGUUAGCUGUGAGGAGACAUGGCUAGCAAAUGUCUGACUUUCAUCAUCAUAGUUACUAAUAUUACAGUAGCACCUAGAGCUCCCAGUCAGGAUCAGAGCCCUUUUGGGUUAAGCACUGUACAGACACAUCAGUUCCUGCCCUGAAGAGUUUACAAUAAAUGAGCAAUAAAUUUACUCUAAAAAAAUUAAGUGAAAGCUAAAGAUGGGGGUGUUUUAGUAAAGAAGAUUGAUCCAAGGCCCUAAACUUUGGGGUUACCCACAAUAGGCUCUUACUAUUCCAUGCCAGAAUUCAGGAGGGCAUAAUUGAAAAACAUUUCCUUAAAAAGUAAAUGCAGUGUUUAUCUACUGCUUUAUUUCCCAUGCCAGUAGUGCAGUUUUAGGCAGUUGCUGUGGUUUGUAGCAAGACCCAUGUGAAAAAGGUUUGUUUUUUAUACCACAAUGUGUGGUGUUAUUCUGUUUUGUUUGUUUUGGUUUUUUUAACAUUCUUGUGCAAGGGUUGGCACACAGGGCAGAAAUUAGGGUCUUCAAUUCCUCUGUCUUUUGCUGCUGCUUCUGUCUGCUCUGUGGUGCUGAGACAAACUACUCUGUCCUCUCUGCUAAGGGUUCUUCUUAAGGUUUCUCUUGGACUCCUUAUUUCCUCACACCAGUUGGUUUCCACUGAACAGUUUUCAUGUGGAGUCUUUGUGUUGACAUCCAGAGUACAUUCCCCAGAUAUGUUCAGGGCUUCCUUCUGAGUCUGGUGGAAAUGAGUUGCUGAUUGAUGAUUUCAUGGAUCUCUUCAUUGGUAAUGAAGUCUUUCUCACUGUCCAGAAUCUUUCAUAGGCACUUAUUUUCAAUGGUGUCUAGUUUUCUGUCUAACCAUUGGUAGAUCUCCAUCUGUCACAGCCAUAUGUUAGCACUGAGAUUACAUUAGAAUUGAAAAUUCUCAGUUUUGGUCUGAUGCUCUAUCUCUCAUUGAUUUCCAUACUAAGGUUAGUAAAUGCUGUGGGUGCCUUUCCUAUUCUUGAUGUCACUUUCUUCUUGUGAUGUGUAUUGGUCAGUAUGGUGCUGCCAAGGUAGAUGAAUGGGUUUACUUUCUUGAUAUUUUUGUUAUCUAAUAUUACUGCUUGAAAUCUAGGUUUCAAAGAUGUUUGUUUUAGGUUUGUUUGUGCUAGGGCUCCCCGGCCCCCCUGAAAGGGUUCAUGGAACCCCAGGGGGCCAUGGACCCCCAGUUGAGAACUGCCGUACUAGAGGGACUUAACAAAGAUAGGCAAAGGUUGUUCUUGGCAAGGUUGUCUGUCUUUAUUAGUAACUUUUCAUGGGUGUCAUUCAGCAUGUUAUCAUCAGCAAAGUCUAGGCUUUCUAGACAUUUGUCAACUCCCCCACACUAUAUCAGUGUUAGUAUUGCUAAUACACUUCUUCAAUAUUCAGUCUAUGGCAGUGCCAAACAGCAGCAGCAAUGAAAUGCAGCCCUGUUUCACGUUAGUGUCCACACUGAAUCAUUCAGUUGUCUGGGUGUCCACCUUUGCAGAACACUUCACAUCUCUGUACAUGGCCUUGAUGAUGAUUACAACUUUAGCUGGGAUUCCAUAGGAGUGAAGAAUGAAUAGUCCAUAAUGUAGGUCUAUCUUUGAAAAAAAAAAAAAUCAGUGAAAUUGUUGAGGGGACCUUGCCAUUCUGUACUUUCUUCUGUGGUGGUCCUUAACUGAAUAUCUGGUCUACACAGAAUCUCUUGGGCCUGAAUCCAGUCUGUUUUCUACGCUUUGCAUCCACUGCCUCUUUCUUCCUGUUUAGAAUCACACUACCGAAGGUUUUCCCUGCAACAGAGUAGUGUAACUCCUCUCCAGUUGUUACAGUCAAUAAGAUCACCCCUUUUGGACAUUCUGACAAUGAUUCCAUGUUUCCAUUCGUCAGGAGGCUUCUCUUUUUCCCAAACUUUAUGGGACAGCUCUGUCAGUUUCAUUAAGGUGAUAGUAUCAAAUGCUUUUAGCAUUUCUGCAGUGAUUUGAUCAUCUCCUGCUGCUUUGUUAUUUUUUUCAGUUUCCUGAUUGUGGCCUGUACUUCUGUCAUCUCUCUUGGACUGAUGGUAACGUCACGUUGGUCAGGUUUGCAUGUUUAAAUGGAAGUCUGGUGCUGAAGUCGGUCUUGGUCUGUUGAGGACUUCUGUGAAUGCUUUGCCCAUUUAUUUUUCUAUUCUACCUUAGUUGUAAGCAUUUUUCCAUCUUUGCUUUUUAUUGGCCCAUGUCCUAUUCUGAAAUUGACACACAGGAUUUUAAUCACUUGGUACAUAGCCCUGACAUCCAUAAUAGCAGCAGCUUCAGCUGCUAGAUCUUCAAUGUUUCUUCAUUCAUCUGCCCUUGUUUUGCUUUUCACCGCUCUAUCUGCUUUCAUGCACUCCUCUGCUUUUUCCAAUACUCUGGUUGGUUUUAGCAUUCAGGAGUUUUCCUUUGAUAUCCAAAUGUGGCUACUGCAGCUUGAACCACAUUGUCUGUAAGCCGGACCCAAGGAGUUUAUAUUAGCUUUUUUUUUAACAUGCAGCGUUUCUGGUGUCUGACAGUGUCACUGCUUAAGCUCCAUUGUGAUUAGUGGGAGUGUUUUUAUGCCUCACCAAGCCAAUCUUAGAACUGUCAAGAAUAAUCAAAUAAAGAGCCACAGAGGCAUGUUUUCUCCAGUCAGAAACAGCAUCUGUGAUAUUUUUAAGUGCAUUCUUUGCCGGUUGUUUAUUUGGUGAUAUCAUUUUAUCUGCAUUGGUGCCUAGGGUCUAGGCCUUGGUAAACAGAAGAGCAUAGAAGAUAUCUAUUAAUAUAAUUCCUACUCUACUCCCUAUAACUCAUCUUCACCUUAAUUAAAAGGGCUUUGUGAAAAAUUUCUUAGUGGAUUUAUCCGCUGCAAAUGGAACCCUGAAUCCUGGGCAUGGCUCUGUCUUUUAUUUGUUGCUUUCUUUAUCCAUGUGUUUGUUUUCCUCUUUUUCUGUACCUUUUAAAUUAAAUAGACCUUUCAUCUUUUGUUGUUUAUCAUUUUAAAUGUGACAUGUGUAAUACUGUUUUUGAUUGUUUAAUGCUUAAUUACAUGCGGUCAAUUUGCUGUUGAGGGUUACUGGACAUUAUGAAGUACAACCAAGUCUCCCAAGAGUCUUCUCACUGCAGUAAAGCCAAUCCUUGUCAUUGCUUCCUGACCUUCGCAGUAUUUGCUUGUCUCCAUCAUGUCUAUGACACAGCAUUUGCCAGCAUCUACUAUCCUUCAGCACACGGGUGUAGCACAUUGGAUGAAUCAUUUUGGGUUUUCAGUGGUGCAGUGUGGCUUUUUUCAUUCUUUUGAAAUCUUUGUUUUUUCCCUCGUAAUCUUUCAAGGAUUCCGUGUCCAACUGGUAAUUCUGUGACUGAAGAAUCGCACCAAAAAGCAGGGCCUUGAAUAUAAGUGACAAAGGUCCACUCCUUGUGACCAGAUCUAAGGCUGCAUUUUCUACCAAAAAUACAGCAAAGGUAUAAAGAUGAAUGCAGUUUCAGUAAUUAGUAUUGCACAAAAGAAAAGCCAUCUUAAGUGCUCUGCCAACUUAUAUGGUUACACUGCUCUUUGGCAAGUUCAUCUUUAAAUGUACUAAAGUACAUCUCUUCUGAUGUCCUUAUUGCUUUUAAAAAAAAAAAAAGUUUAACUUGUUCAGAAUUACUGAGUAAUGCAUAUGUUACCAGAAGAGCAAACUAACUCUGAAAAACACAUUCCUGUGUAGAAUAUGCAUUCCAUAAGAAUGUUUGUUUCAACUGUUCUUAUAUUUCUAAAAUUUUAGAUUACUACAGUAUUCUUACAUUUCAGACUUAAAAAAAAAACAACAGUGCUUAGAUUUAUACUGGAUCCAGUUUAGAUAUUUAUAGAGGUGACAUUUGCUUUAUAUUACUCAUUUAGUUUUCUUUAUACACAGGAAGAUCAUCAUUUUUACAAGACAACGGUUUUAAACCUCUCUUCACAGAAUACACAGGUUCUGAUAAAGUUGUUCUCUUGCAGCAAUAAUUUAAUGAUCUGUACUCUUGAGUACCAAUUCUUAUCCUCAACUUUGAUGAAAAUGACUCAGCUGCUGAGUUGAUUUCCCUUAAAUAUAUUAAUUUAAUAUAACAUAUAAUUUAAAAAAAUGUGUAGGAGUGUUCCAGCUGGGUGCUGAAGAACUUUGAGAGAGAGAGAGCUGUCCUGCAUAUCUGUGGCAAUGCCUGGAGUACUUUCCAUGCCUCUCUUAUGUGGCGGCUUACUGCUCUCAAGUUCAAUUUGGAGCUGGAAGUUAUAUCAAGAGGAUUGAUGGUCCAUGUAAAGAGUGGAUGGGGGAAAACGUGGACGUCUUAAAUAGUCAAAUGCCGUUAAUAGUUAACCAAAGUUCUCCUUUCUGAAAAAUGAAAGCGGGACCAUUAAAAUUUCUUUAAAAUCUUGAAAAAGACUUCUAAAGACGAUCUCAAGUGUGAUCCAAAUCUCAGCAAGUCCACUAACUUCAAUGGAAGUUUUGCCUGAGGGCUUGACUACUCUUGGAAAUUUACCAAAAUAGCUAGCUAUUCCAGAAUGGGGAGUUAUACCAGAAUAGCUAUUCUGCAAUAAUUUUUUUGGUAAGUCCCAAGUGUAGAAAAGCCCAGAGUAAGGAUUACAAGACUGGACUUUGAGACGCCGUUGGUAAGACUUACAGAAAUAGGUCUAGAUAAGAACUAAUAAUCGAUUUGGGUUAAGUUAUUUUUGAAGUAUUUUUCCUGUAUAUACAAAGUGUUUUUCCUUCUGCUAUGUGUAUAUAGUUCAAUUCUUUUUUUAUAAUCCCAUGGGCGGGGGGGUGUACAUACUUAGGUUGCAGUGUUUAUGUUAGGCUUUAAUAAACUUGUUUUGUAAUUUUCCCUCA